AUGCCUGUGAGACGCGGUCAUGUAGCCUUCCAGAACACUUAUCUGGAUACCAUUAUCCGGAAAUUCGAUGGACAAAGUAAGUGGACACACUUUGCAUUAUGACUGAAAAAGUAAUAACAUAAUGUGACUAUGAGCAAGCUGUCAUAACUGUAUCAUCCCAAAAACAAACAAUUAGACUGGUUGGAAAUUAAAAUGUGUGCCUUUUCCAUGUAGCCAUUCAAUCAUGCAAAGUGUAAUAAAUGUAAAGACAAAUGCAUUUUUCUAGUGGUCCCUUGCAUUGCACAGGUGUUACUGCAUUACCCUGUAAGCCGCUCUCCUUCUAUCUCUACAUUUUGAUUUACAGUUCAAACUUAGGUUAUGUCCAUAUGCAUGUACGGAAUAUACCAAAUUGUCAUGUUUAAUACUAUACGUGUGCGUGUGUGUGUUUAAUAUGUCUUUGCACCUGCCUAUGUUUUCCGCAUGUUGCAUGAAUUCACAUGCUGCAUUAGAUUAUAUUGCAUGAGUUGACAUGUUCUCUGUCCCUACACUGGUCAGACCACUGGAUCCUGAUAGAAAGAGUACAUUCUGUCUUUGCUUUACAGAGUUUGCAUGUGACCACUGACCACUAAAACACACUCUGUUAGUGCAUAUAACUGAGUGAUAUCCUUCUUGAACAGGGCCUUAUGCAGCACAUCACAGCACACUUUACCCCCACAGUGCCUCUCUGUUUUCAUGCUUUUGUCUUGAAUUAAAUGGUAUCGUAGUUGACUAUUGCUCACACAGAAACCGCACCAGAAUUUCUUUGCAACUCACUCAAACAAAACAUAACUGAUUCAUUCAGCAAAGAAGAAAUCCAGUUGUUUUAAAAAAGAGUAAUGGCUCUGAUUAGCACUGAAUUGCAAUUACAGUAGAGGCCUAUAACCUAGCUCAGAAGUGGCCUAUCUCUAUGCUACUGUAAGUCCGACUGUGCCUGUCACUGUCAGUGUUCUCUAGUCACAGUGUGAAGACAGUCUGUUGACCACAGAGGUACUGCUCAAAAUAACCCUCCACCCGCUGCUCCACAUUAAAGGGAGAAGAUGCAAUGUUCCACUUUUCACCUCCAUUUCAUGUUGAAGGAUUUCAGCUUGUUUAAUUUGCUGGGCUGGCAGGUGACAGUUCGGAAUUAAUUGUGUUACUCUGGGAUUUUCAAAGCUCUCUGUAGAGGUGUCCUCAGAGACCGAUAAGUCCCAUCAAACUGAUGUCUUCCUUAUCUGUGUGUGCGUGCGUAAGCAUAGCACGCGAGUGUGCCUGCCUGGUGAUGCGUGUGCCAAACCACUGCUGCUUAGCAACAAUCUGAAUCUGGGUGUCUGUGUUCUGAGGCAUUGAUAAUGACUUUGGAUAAGAUGUGCUUUCCACCAAACAACCUCACCUAUUUACUCUACACAGAGGAACAAGGCGUGAGAAGGGGUUCUGCUUUUUCUGGGCGAAGCACUAAAUCGCUCUCCUCUCAUUUGUUUCAAUGGGGAAGAAUGAGAGUUGUGUAACUCAGUUUCACCAGGGGAUAAUAAGAGGAGUGGAGACAGUCAGAGGCACAUACUUUUGAGCAGCAUUUCAACAUAAACUGUACUGAUUGAAUAUCAUGCUGUACAACAAUAUCAGUGUAGCUGAUGGGACUUCGAAGGCAAUUGUCAUUAGCGCUGGAGACAAUAGCCACACUCAUGAACCUAGGUAAGGAAGGCUGAAACCUAUUGUAGUAUAUUUUGAUCUUGAUUGCAGACCAGGGGAGUGGACUGAGGUAGACAGAGAUGGAGCCUCAGAGGAACUGUCAUUGCUGAGUCCAGCUGCUCCGUAUUAGUCCCUCUGGGGCCAUCUUGAAUCAUUGCACUGAUAUGAUUUGUGCUACAGAGAGACAGGCUUGAUUACUCCAAUUUCAACUUGAUGUUGAGGUGAAUGUGGUUAGUUGAGUGGGAUACUGAAGUUAACACAGUCCAGACUUGAAUCGGAUCUGAUUGAGAGAGACCUCUCCUUGAAAUGAUCAUUACCUGAAUAUGAUAAUUGAAUGUUUCUGAAGUUGGAUAAACUUUGAAUGUCCGACUUUGCAUAUUGCAUUUGCUGAAAUAAGCCUUCAAUUAUAAUUUUAAUGUAAUUUCCCACAUUCCCACCAUAUUUGUCCAUUUUCAUAUCUGCUCUGACCUCUACCUCUCCACUUGGUUUCCUACCCAGAUCGUAAGUUCCUGAUAGCCAACGCCCAGAUGAAGGAACUGUGGCAUUAUCUACAGUAACGAGGGCUUCUGCCAGAUGUUUGGCUUCUCGCGGGCAGAGAUCAUGCAGCAGCCCUGCACCUGCCAGUUCCUGGUGGGGCCUGGCACCAUGAAGACUGCCCUGACACAGCUGGCACAGGCCCUGCUAGGGUCAGAGGAGCGCAAGGUGGAGAUCCUGUACUACAACAAAGAAGGUAAGGAGAAGGUGGAGGGGUAGACCGAGAUUCAGAGAGAAAGAGAUGGAAAGAGCAAGGGAGUCAAAGUGACAACAUUACUCCCCUUCGUUAUAGUGGGGAGUGCUGUAAAGGUCACAUACAGAAUAUUUUGGUCCCUCCAAGUGUCAUGGCUGUCUCCCUCUCACUUUUAUAUAUAAUGCUACUGAAUGAUGCAGUGUUACAGUAUGUGGAGUCAGUUGCUGCAGACUAGGUGAACUCUCAUCUACUAAUUUACUUGUCUCACCUGUAACAUGUUUAUUCAUCCCCACUCCCCAUUAUCCUCCUGUGCAUAGCUGCAGGAAGUAGUUUGGGGGUGGGGUGCUGCAGGGGGAUGGGGGGAUGCAGAUUAUAAUUUUUUUGCUGCGCUACAGACGGCUACAUAGGUCCGCUAAUACAGGACAAGUAAAGGCACAGUGCACUACUUUUGUGAUUUUUAAAAUAAAAAAUACAUUUUAAAAACUUUUCUCGCGGCUAUGCUCCUGUGUUUUGUCUCUGGUACACAGGACCAGGGGUUGGAAACAAAAUUAUUUUCCAAUCGUUUCGUUCUGAACAGAACCAUAUAUUAUUUUUUGCGUUCCACUGUUCCGACCAGCAAAAUAAAGUUUGCAACCGGUUCAAACCCCAAAAAAGUACAGUUUAUAUCGUUCCUUUCUGUUCCUUUUUAUUUAUUUUACAUUUAGCUUGACAGUAAAUUACUUCACCAGUUAUGCAGUAUGGAUAGAGCAGCUUGCUAUGGAGCGGGCAAGCUAUAGCUCAGUGAGUUUAUUUAUAUGCGUUAUGGAAAGACAAGUGUAGGGCGUGAGAUGCAACUGAAAUUUUGCAAGUGGGGAGACAGCGAGAGAGGGUGGAGGAGAAGGAGGCUUGGUUUGAAGCACUGGGAAUCUUGCGAUGACAUGCAUUAUCUGAAUUAGGCCCACAGAAUUAUACCUACGGAGGAGCGGCUUCUAUGGAGAAAUGUUGAAUGUCUUUGAACUUCAGUGUUGGCUUAACGUUGGACCAGAGUAGCUGGCUAGCUAACAAGCUUGUGCACCUGAAUUAAAAACACAUCUUACCUUUUUAUAGUUAAUAAAUCCAAUGUGAAAUGUGAUAACUAUAGUAUCCCUAACUAGCAUUGAAAAGUUAAUUUACAUUUUAGUCAUUUAGCAGACGCUCUUAUCCAGAGCGACUUACAGUUAGUGAGUGCAUACAUUUUUCAUAACAAUCUCUCUCCCUAUCUUCUGAAUCAUGUUUGUAACGUCAGUCUCCCGAGUGGCGCAGUGGUCUAGUGGCGCUGUGCCACUAGAGAUCCUGGUUCGAAUCCAGGCUCUGCUGUAGCCGGCCGCAACCGGGAGACCAAUGGGGCGGCGCACAAUUGGCCCAGCGUCGUCCAGGGUAGGGGAGGGAAUGGCAGGCAGGGAGGUAGCUCAGUUGAUAGAGCAUGGCGUUUGCAACGCCAGGGUUGUGGGUUCGUUUCCCACGGGGGGCCAGUAUGAAAAUAAUAAUGUAUGCACUAACUGUAAGUCGCUCUGGAUAAGAGCGUCAGCUAAAUGACGUAAAUGUCAGUAGGCUACAGCUAUGCUUCGAGAUGGAAGGGCAGGUAGCCUACAAGCACACACAUUGGCAAAGAUUUUCAGCUGGCAGGCAGACACUGGAAGAAGUUAAUGAUUGACAGAGGGAGAGCUUUGCAUAGGCACUUUGUUGCGUUUUUUGUGGGAAUUUUAAAUAACAGUUCUGUUCCAGAACAAUAUAGAUCACUUUCGUUCCCGGUUCUGAUUCUGUUCCUUAAAAAUGUAAUAAUUUUUCAGUUUGGUUCCAACCCCUGCAAAGGACAGAGGGACAAGCAAACAGACCUGGCUAGUGAGGCUGUAGACACAAUACCUUGGUCAUUUGGGCAUGAGAAGUGCCGUGUCGGAGAGCUUGUUGUCAUGGAAAUAUUGUCAGCGUGCCAGCUCAAAUACACUGAACAUCUAUUUAUUUUGUAUCCCACUAAUGCAUACAGUCAUGAACGCAGGUGCGCACACAAGCACGUAUCAAUUGUAAAUGGGUACAAUUCAUCAUACCCAUUAAAAAUGCAUUAUGUUGCUGUACUUAUAGUUAAUUAAUUGAUCCUAAAACUGAAUUAAUGUGUUUGUUGGUUAAUGUGUGUGUGUGAGUGUAAAACAGGGACAUUUCGCCAGUCGCCACAAGGAAAAUGGCUGUUUUAGGCUUAGGGGUUAGGUUUAGGGGUUAGUGUUACAAUUAGGGUUAGGGGUUAAGAGUUGGAGUUAGGGUUUGGUUAAGGGUUAGGUUUAGGGGUUAGGAGUUAGGGAAAAUAGGAUUUUGAAUGGGAAUCAAAUAGGCUUGGGCGGUAUACCGCAUAUACCGUAUACCAGGGUAUUUGGAAAUAGCCACAGGAUGGUUUUUCAAUACCGUCAAUACCGUUGAAACUAUUUAUUUGAAGUGUUUCAAUAAAUUGUCAUAUUUGUGGCUACUUUUUAAGUAAAUACCUGCAGUCAACUUGUGCAAUACGUUAGGAGAUAAAGCAGAUCGUGUUCUUCUUUUCACCUGUCACAUUAUUUUACAUUAUGAAGCUUACCGUAGUUCCCCAGAACAGUUGAGCCAGUCACGUGUUUGUUUGUGUUAUAGGACAACGGGAGAAAGCAGGAACAGGUGAGUCCAGCUGUGUAUUGACAGGGGUUGCAUUUUAUAUUGAAAGUCAACAGUGCCAAAGGUACUUCAAACAAAGUACUGAGUAAAGGGUCUGAAUACUUACGUAAAUUUGAUAUUUCCGUUUUUUAUUGUUAAUACAUUUGCUACAAGUUUUUGCUUUGUCAUUCUGGGGUAUUGUGUGUAGAUUGACGAGGGGAUUUAAAAAAAAAAUCCAUUUUAGAAUAAGGCUGUAACGUAACAAAAUGUGGAAAAAGUGAAGGGGUCUGAAUAUUUUCCGAAUGCACUGUAUCUAAGUAAGUGCUGAAUUAAUAAGGUGACGGGGCAUCAUAUUGUGUUAGCUUUCUGCCAUGUUUGAGAAGUCAAAGCCCUUUGGAUGAGUUAUCUGUACAGCUGCCACUGCUAUCUUUUGAUUUCCUUGCGUUUUUCUCCUCUCUGUUCUCGGCCCGUCUCCUCCCCAAUCUUCUCCGAGAAGAGCAGGCAGGUCCGUUGCCCUAGCGACUCCAGACUCGACACAGUUUGUACACAUGCUGCUCCAGAGCCAGUACUUGUCCUUCAGACAAGCAUGCGUCAAAACUUUGUUCAUAUGCACAAUGUCUCUCGUUCACAUUCGCUUGUAAAUAUCCAAACUCACCAAAAAUGACAUUCGGUAGCUUCUACCUAUAUAUGUAUAACUCUAUGAGCUGGAUUGCCUGUCUUUGCAAUUUGUUUAUUUUCGUUUGCGCUCGUUAGAAUAUUUGGCUAGCAGUCUCCAUGGAAAUUCACUAUUACUUCUGUUAAUUUUGUUAGCAUUCGGGUAAUAGACGCCCAAUGCUGUGGUUUGUAGAAUAUUUGGUGCCCCCUUGUGUACUAAACCGGUAUUACCGUACAUCCCGGGAUGAGAGAAGGAUGGUAUGAAGAUAUGAAAAUCUGGACACCGCCCAACCCUAUGAAUCAAUUGUUUGGUCCCCACAAGGAUAGUAAAACAAACGUGUGUGUGUGUGUGACCCUCCCCGUCUCUAUUUUUAGACCACAUUUAUAGCAGAGUGAAGUCAGACCUGUGGGAGGACUGGUUGAUUAGUGCUGAGCAAUUAACCGACAUUUCAGUUAUUUUUCGGUUUUUUAAACAACUAAUUGACCGAUGUCAGUUCAAUAAUCGGAAUUCCAUUUAGUUCAUAUUUUUUUCUGUGAGCUCAAUGCGCACAUAGCACAGUUUAAUCAGAUCCAGCCGGAACUGUGCGAUGUAGGAGGGAGUUCGAACAAGCCAAUAUUCUACAUAAUUUAGUGCAUAAAACAUGGUAAUUAACUACAAUGACCAUAAUCCAUUGCGCAUCUACUUGUCCGGUCUGUGUUUAUUUUACGCCUUCUACAGAGGAGACAGAAGAAUGUACGAUCGUGAAGGUAAUAUAGAUACAGCUGUUGCUUCGCAAGUUAUCGCUACCUGAAAAUACAUGAACUAAGUGAUUGAUAGUUGGUAUUCAGCAGUCAUAAAAGUAUGCCUUAUUAACAUUUACAUUUAAGUCAUUUAGCAUACGCUCUUAUCCAGAGCGACUUACAAAUUGGUGCAUCCAACUUAGGAUAGCCAGUGGGACAACCACAUCUUCAUCACAGUAAGUACACUUCUUCAAACAAGCAGCUGUGAGCAAAGUCAGUGCAAUCAGGGACAACUACAUCUCGAUCACAAUAAGUACAUUUCUUUAAACAAGUGAGUGCUAGCAGGUGAAAAAAGUCAGGUGUUAGUUUAGACAAAAGACCGUGGUAGUAAAGGGGUGGGGUAGAAUGAUUACUAUUAUACUAUUCCAGGUAGGGUUUCAAGUGUCUCCGGAAGGUGGUCAGUGACUCCGCUGUCCUGGCAUCGUGGGGGAGCUUGUUCCACCAUUGGGGUGCCAGAGCAGCGAAUAGCUUUGACUGGGCUGAGCGGGAACUGUGCUUCCGUAGAGGUAGGGGGGCUAGCAGGCCAGAGGUGGAUGAACGUAGUGCCCUCGUUUGGGUGUAGGGUCUGAUCAGAGCCUGAAGGUAAGGAGGUGCCGUUCCCCUCACAGCUCCGUAAGCAAGCAUCAUGGUUUUGUAGUAGAUGCAAGCUUCAACUGGAAGCCAGUGGAGUGUGCGGAGGAGCGGGGUGACGUGAGAGUACUUGGGAAGGUUGAACACCAGACAGGCUGCAGCGUUCUGGAUAAGUUGCAGGUGUUUAAUGGCACAGGCAGGGAGCCCAGCCAACAGCGAGUUGCAGUAAUCCAGACGGGAGAUGACAAGUGCCUGGAUUAGGACCUGUGCCGCUUUCUGUGUAAGGUAGGGUCGUACUCUGCGAAUGUUGUAGAGCAUGAACCUGCUGGAUCGGGUCACCGCUUUGAUGUUAGCAGAGAACGACAGGGUGUUGUCCAGGAUCACGCCAAGGUUCUUUGCACUCUGGGAGGAGGACACAAUGGAGUUGUCAACCGUGAUGGCGAGAUCUUGGAGCGGGCAGUCCUUCCCUGGGAGGAAGAGCAGCUCCGUCUUGCCGAGGUUCAGCUUGAGGUGGUGAUCCGACAUCCACACUGAUAUGUAUGCCAGACAUGCAGAGAUGCGAUUCGCCACCUGGUUAUCAGAAGGGGGAAAGGAGAAAAUUAAUUGUGUGUCGUCUGCGUAGCAAUGAUAGGAGAGACCAUGUGAGGAUAUGACAGAGCCAAGUGACUUGGUGUAUAGAGAGAAUAGGAGAGGGCCUAGAACUGAGCCCUGGGGGACAUCAGUGGUGAGAGCACGUGGUGCGGAGACAGAUUCUCGCCACGCCACCUGGUAGGAGCGACCUGUCAGGUAGGACGCAAUCCAAGAGUGAGCAGCGCCGGAAAUGCCUAACUCGGAGAGGGUGGAGAGGAGGAUCUGAUGGUUCACAGUAUCAAAGGCAGCAGAUAGGCCUAGAAGGAUAAGAGCAGAGGAGAGAGAGUUAGCUUUGGCAGUGCGGAGAGCCUCCGUGACACAGAGAAGAGCAGUCUCAGUUGAAUGACCAGUCUUGAAACCUGACUGGUUAGGAUCAAGAAUGUAAUUCUGAGAGAGAUAGCAGGGGAGUUGGCUAGAGACGGCACGCUCAAGAGUUUUGGAGAGAAAAUAAAGAAGGGAUACUGGUCUGUAGUUGUUGACAUCGGAGGGAUCGAGUGUAGGUUUUUUGAGGAGGGGUGCAACUUUCGCCCUCUUGAAGACGGAAGGGACAUAUCCAGCGGCCAAGGAAGAGUUGAUGAGCGAGGUGAGGUAAAGGAGAAGGUCUCCGGAAAUGGUCUGGAGAAGAGAGGAGGGGAUAGGGUCAAGCGGGCAGGUUGUUGGGCGGCCGGCCGUCACAAGUCGCAAGAUUUCAUCUGGAGAGAGAGGGGAGAAAGAAGUCAAAGCAUAGGGUAGGGCAGUGUGAGCAGGACCAGCGGUGUCAUUUGACUUAAUAAAUGAGGAUCGGAUGUCGUCAACCUUCUUUUCAAAAUGGUUGACGAAGUCAUCCACAGAGAGGGAGGAGGGAGGGGGAGGAGGAGGAGGAUUAAGCAGGGAGAAGAAGGUGGCAAAUAGCUUCCUAGGGUUAGAGGCAGAGGCUUGAAAUUUAGAGUGGUAGAAAGUGGCUUUAGAGAGGAGGGAGUGAAAAGAUGAUAGGUCCGCAGGGAGUCUAGUUUUCCUCCAUUUCCUGCCCAGAGCCUUGUUCUGUGAGCUCGCAAUGAGCCGUCAAGCCACGGAGCAGGAGGGGAGGACCGAGCCGGCCGGGAGGAUAGGGGACAUAGAGAGUCAAAAGAUGCAGAAAGGGAGGAGAGGAGGGUCGAGGAGGCAGAAUCAGGAGACCGGAGGGAGAAGGAUUGAUUGGGAAGAGAUGAUAGGAUGGAAGAGGAGAGAGUAGCGGGAGAGAGAGAGCGAAGGUUGCGACGGCGCAUUACCAUCUGAGUAGGGGCAGAGUGAGUAGUGUUGGAGGAGAGCGAGAGAGAAAAGGAUGCAAAGUAGUGGUCGGAGACUUGGAGGGGAGUUGCAGUGAGAUUAGUAGAAGAACAGCAUCUAGUAAAGAUGAGGUCAAGCGUAUUGCCUGCCUUGUGAGUAGGGGGGGACGGUGAGGGGGUGAGGUCAAAAGAGGAAAGGAGUGGAAAGAAGGAGGCAGAGAGAAAUGAGUCGAAGGCAGACGUCGGCAGGUUAAAGUCACCCAGAACUGUGAGGGGUGAGCCAUCCUCAGGAAAGGAACUUAUCAAGGCGUCAAGCUCAUUGAUGAACUCUCCAAGGGAACCUGGAGGGCGAUAAAUGACAAGGAUGUUAAGCUUGAAUGGGUAGUGACUGUGACAGCAUGGAAUUCAAAUGAGGAGAUAGACAGAUGGGUCAGGGGAAAAUGAGAGAAUGUCCACUUGGGAGAGAUGAGAUUCUUGUGCCACGCCGCGCUGACCAGAUGCUCUCGGGGUAUGCGAGAACACAUGAUCAGACGAGGAAAGAGCAGUAGGAGUAGCAGUGUUUUCUGUGGUAAUCCAUGUUUCCGUCAGCGCCAAGAAGUCGAGAGACUGGAGGGUAGCAUAGGCUGAGAUGAACUCUGCCUUGUUGGCCGCAGAACGGCAGUUCCAGAGGCUGCCGGAGACCUGGAACUCCACGUGGGUCGUGUGCGCAGGGACCACCAGAUUAGAGUGGUAGCAGCCACGCGGUGUGAAGCGUUUGUAUGGCCUGUGCAGAGAGGAGAGAACAGGGAUAGACAGACACAUAGUUGACAGGCUACAGAAAAGGCUACAAUAAUGCAAAAGAGAUCGGAAUGAAAUUAACUAAACAUCUGGGGACGCGAGAGAGCGAGGCCUCCCUCGACUAACUCCCGCAGAACAACUUGGCAGAACUGUCUUUUACUUGGAAGAAUAGUGAUUUUGUCAGACAGCAUAGGCAGCAGCUCUAUAGAGAUUAGAUGAUGACUUGGAAUGAAAUAAUAAAGUCAUCAAAUAAAACAAACGUAAUAUAGACACCAACUGAAAUAUUUUAUAAAGUAAUGUGAAUAAAUUACUGUUAAUAAGUGAUAAGCAGUAAAGGGCAGUCACUACUGUCACGAUCGUUUACUGAAGCGGACCAAGGCGCAGCAUGAUAGGCAUACAUACUUUAUUGUGUACUUAACACCAACAAAACAACAAACCAAACGAUACGUGAAGUCCUAGGUUAAUACAAAGCAAACCUUACGGAACAAGAUCCCACAAUUAACUGUGCCAAACAGGCUGCCUAAGUAUGGUUCCCAAUCAGAGACAACGAGAAUCAGUUGCCUCUGAUUGGGAACCACCCUGGCCAACAUAGAUCCACACGAUCUAGAACAUGAACCUAGAAAACUAAACAUAGAAACUAACACCCUGGCUCAACAUUAAAGAGUCCCCAGAGCCAGGGCGUGACAACUACCAUCAUGGGACUUUUAUUAAUUGUUUUAUUCUGUGUUGUUACAGCAUUCAACCCACAUAAUGCAUAGUGCAUUUAAUGUUUUUUUUUAAUUUAUCGAAACCAAAAUCGAAAACCGUGAUUAUUUUUUAAUAAUCGAUCCGAAAACAAACUGACCUCAAAAAGCACUAAUCGCUCAGUACUACGGUUGAUAUACCACUCUAUUCCCCUCUCUUCUGUAGUUCUCUCGUUCUCUUCCUUCCUCUCUCUCUUUCUCUAUCUCUCCCUCUCGCUUGCCUUCUCCCCUCUUCCUACAGUCUGUCUACAUUUCAAUUGGUCUUAUUCUCUAUCUCCCUCUAUAUCUCCUUUGCUGCCUCCCCCCUCUAUAUGUGUCUCCUCUGCUAGGACAUGUUGACAGCCCCCACCCUGGCUUCACUUAAACAGAAAGGAGGGUCCCAUAAAUGCCCUGGGAAAACAUUCAGUCAUGGAAAGUAACUACAAGACUUUACUGCUGUUUGAAAGGCCUCUCCACAACUGAAAUGAGAUGGCAGUAACAGCCCACCAACAAUGGAACCUGAGACUCUGAGCCUAAAUGUGUUGAGUGUUAAAGAGAGCACAGUCAGAUAAGAUUAAACAAUAUUUACAGUUACUUGAGCUGUCCUGAAGUCUACUUAGUUACCUUUGAGCUCAGAUGAGGAUGGCCAUUAGCAGCUUUAUAAUGUUCUCUCUCUCCCCCCUGCAGGGACCUGCAGGCCCUGUCUGAUUGAUGUGGUCCCUGUGAAGAACGCAGAGGGACAGGUCAUCAUGUUCAUCCUCAACUUCCAGGAAAUCAUUGACCCCUCCCUCAAGAAACCAGGGCUGAGACAGAGGAUGGCCCAGGGCUGGGUAGGGGCAGGUCAGUGUGGAAAGUGUGUGUGCGAUGAUAAUGUCUGUCUGUCUGUCUGUCUGUCUGUCUGUAUUAACCUGUUUAUUCCAUUACUCUACGUUGAAUGUAGCUGUGUUAUAACAUACAGCAUGUGACUACAUCCUGGAAGGUGUGCUUGUGUUUUUAUGUAAAGUGUAUGUAUAAGCACUCUCUGGUUUCUCAGGGCAGAGUCGCAGGCUGAAGUUGAGACUGCCAUCAGUGCGUGCAAUGCGUCGGCCUUCCCUCGCCAAAGACCAGUUUGAGGGGGUGGUGGUGGACUACCUACAGGUAAGGUGGCCAGAGACUCCCAUACACAUAUAGGCCUAUACACACAGUACUCGUCUAAAUAUGACCUUACCUAAAAUAUAUCUUGAUUAUCUCAGUUCCUGUAUCUCAUAUUUUGUAAUGAAGAAAGCUUCAGUCAUCACAUACAUUUAGCAGUAAGUAGAAAUCUAGUACAGUAUUUAACCUAUGAGUGUCCUCUCCCUCCUUCCCUAAUUCAGCCCAACAGUGAAGAGGUCCCUCUGAAGGAGUUCCGUAUCCCGUCCAAGGAGAGCUGCAUGCAGUCUGAGACAGAGGCGCUGAUAGAGCAGGACUACGAGUCCCCCCAGCCUGCAAGCUACUGCUCCCCCAAACGUCUGUCCCUAUUGUCGGAGCGGCUGGACCCCAGCGUUCCCUUCCUCCCCAGCGGCCCAUUCUCCAGUGCAGCCUUCCCCAGGACGGUCCUGCCCCGGAGCCGCUCAAGAGAGACUGUCGGCAGCCUCCGCAGAGCUUCCUCCCUGGAUGACCUCGACAGCAUGAGGGCCGAGUCGGGCCGAACAGGAGACCCACGCUCCAACAGCAGUGAGUGCGUGUGUGUAUAUGUGUGUGUGUACCCAGUCAAACGUGUAGUCUGUUUCCAUUGUUGUACCCCCUCUGACAGGAAGAAAUGUGGCUGUCUCCUCUUACAGUUCCAUCUGAAUCAAAACAAACCAAGCCAAAGCUACCUGGGCCUGUUGGAGGUAUUCUGCUCUGUAGAAAGGAGAAUCCUCACCCCCAUUCCCCAAGCACUGAGCAUGUGAAGCAGGGUCACUAAUCAAUGCCUCUACCCUAUAGUGUGUGUGUGUGUGUGUGUGUGUGUGUGUGUGUGUGUACAUGUUGUACUAUACUUGUGAGUACCAGAAGUCCUCACAAGAAUAGCAAACCAACAAAAAUUCAGAGAAGUCAGGACAUUUUGCCGGUCCUCACUUGUAAAAAGGCUAUUUUAGUCUAAGGGGUUAGGUUUAAAAUUAUGGUCAAGGAUAGGAAAAAUAGUAUUUUUAAUGGGAAUCAAUUGUUGGUCCCAAAAAGUCCUCACAAGUAUAGUAAGACAUAGCUGUGUGUGUGUGUUCUAUAGGAGUCCCAGUCACGCAGAGGCCAUCCUUUACUCAUCACACAGCUAAUACUAUGGAGUGUGGGGCUGUGGGCUUCCCAUCUAUCCCAGGGAAAUAAGACACUCCCUCUCACUUCAUUACUCUAUCUCUCUCAAUUCAAUUUAAGGGCCUUUAUUGGCAUGGGAAACAUAUGUUUACAUUUCCAAAGCAAGUGAAAUAGAUAACAAACUCCCUCUGUAUCUUUCUCACUCAGAUGCUUUGCUGAGUUUAAACCAAGAUGUUUCUCACCUAGAGGAAUGGGAAUUGUGUUAUAACACAUUACAUUUUUGGUUCUGAAUGUGUUACUUGCAGUUUAAAUAAAGGAUUUGAGCGGUAAUAUAAUAUGUGAACUUGUCGUUAAAAACAGAUAGAUACACAGUAAUGAGAGAUGAGUGUUGUUGUGUGCAGACCUGAAGGCCGGUACUCUGAGCUCCACCUCAGACUCAGACCUGAUGCGACGCAGGACCAGCACUCGCAGGACCAGCACUCGUAACCCCCUCACACUCAGCUUCGCCUCCGACCUCUUGCGACCGCCCUCGCCCACUGAGAUCGAGAUCAUCGCUCCCAGCAAAGUAAAGGACCGCCACCGAGACGUCACAGAGAAGGUCACACAUGUCACACAG